GACAAACACCCACACUAUAUUUCUUUCUUCUCAUUCGCUCGGUUUGGCUAAGCGAGCCUUCUGGAAUGCCACCUUCAUGUAUUCUCAACACCUGGUUGGCCUAGACGAUGUUCUUGGAAGCAUUCGAGGCCUAGCCGUGCUUUCCCAAGUGGGUAUACUGCUGAAAGAAAUUCUCCGCGUUUACAGUUUCAAAUCUGGUGGCGUCGAGUUGCUUCUACCCCAGGGGGUUUGUGGUUCAGUACAUGUAUGAGGCGAUUUAUUCGCUGUCUUUCGUUUUCUCUCUCUCAUCCAGCAAUCAGAUCCAAACGCCUUCUAUAGGUUCAUUACAUUCCUUCAGACACAUACAUUCCUUUCUCAAAGACUCUCCGUCUUAUUCUCUCUCAUCAACAAGAUGGCUUUCACUUCUGCGCUUUUGCUAUUGCUUUCACUUGCUUCUCAAUCUUUGGCCCUUCCUGUAGCACAGGGUGCUGGGGUUUCUACCACAAAAGCAUUUGACGAUGGAAUGUGGCAUCCUUCGACUGCAAUUGCAGCAGCAUCUAGCCCAACAUCUGUCCAGGUUCCUGCAAUCUCAACUACAGUAGCUACUGGCACGACGCCAACCAUUUCCACCAAAACCUCAUCCACCAAGUCUUCAUCGACACCAACUUCAGGUGGUGGAUCUCCAUCUACCGGCCCAGUCACAUACAAGAAAUUCAAAGGAGAUGGAAGUGUUGCCCAGGGAUGGCCAGCAAAGAGCAAGUGGAUUACAUUUGAAGAUAUGUAUGUUAAAACUGAACAUAAAUCCAUACCAUAAGCAUACUGAUCAAACUUAGGUGGGCUCGUCAAAAGCCUAUCAUGGCCAAAUCCUGUUCAUCGCAAAAUCACGCUGACAACUCCGAAGCUGAGAUGUCUCAGAUGAAGGCCACCAUUCUCGCCGAAUCAGCAAGUAGCGAAGUUGACGCUCGAUUUAUCCUCGCGACCAUCAUGGAAGAGUCAACUGGCUGCGUUCGCGUUAAAUCGACCUUCGCACCCGAUGGCUCAGUCUUCAACCCUGGACUCAUGCAAGAUCACAACGGUGAAGGAACUUGCUUCAAUACUCCAGCCCCAUGUCCAGAAUCCCAGAUCAAGCAGAUGAUUAAGGAUGGAACCUCUGGUACUGCGAGUGGUGAUGGAUUGAAGCAGACGCUUGCGAAAUCUGGAGCGUCGGAUGCACAGGCUGUGUAUAUUGCUGCUAGAAUCUACAACUCUGGCUCAUAUGAUGGUGGACCACUUGAGAAUACUUUGUCGGUUCAAGGAUGCUACUCUUCAGACAUUGCGAAUGUCUUGAUUGGUUUCGCGGGCGCGGAAAGUCCUUGCAGGUUGGGGACAGCAGUUGAUGCUUAACCGAUUCUUUUCUAUACUCUCUUUUUUUUCACUUCACAGGCAACGAGAUACUCUGGUAGUUUUAGCAAGGGUCAAUUUUGGGAUUGAGGCGCGAUUAUAUUCUUUUUUGAGGGCUUGGGGAUGAUACCACAGGAAGGAGAACUGGGGGUUCGCAUAUGACGAACAUGGACAAAAGAUGUACGACAUUCACAAAGUGUGAUGGCUGUUGUCAUUUACAUAUUUGAGAGGAACUUGUUGGUUUAUAUGGAGUAUUUAUUGUGUUUGUAAGCGCGUCAAGCGACCAAAAGAAUAAACUGUUUUGAA